GGGCGGGGCCGCUUGGGCCUCCCCGUACCGCACCGCCGGGGCCGCGCCGCCUCUGCCGGGACCGCCCAAUCCAGCCCAGCCCAGCCCAGCCCCGGCGGACGGGAGGGGGCCGAGAGGGAGGAGGACGAGGAGAAGAAGAAAGAGAAAGAGGAAGGGUUGGGGGGUUCAUCCCCGCUCGCCGCUUCCCCCGAAGCACGCGCCAUGGCGGCCAACGAGGACCAGGAGAUGGAGCUGGAAGCGCUGCGCUCUAUCUACGAGGGAGACGUCUGCUUCAGGGAGCUGAGCCCCGUUUCCUUCCAGUACCGGAUAGGUGAAAGUGGAGAUCCCAAAGCCUUUCUGAUAGAAGUUUCUUGGCCAGAAACGUAUCCACAAACAGCACCAGUCAUAUCAAUGGAUGCUUUCUUCAACAACACAAUAUCUUCAGCUAUUAAACAAAGUAUAUUGGAUAAGUUAAUGGUAGAAGUUGAAGCAAAUCUUGGGACAGCUAUGACAUACACACUUUUUGAAUAUGCCAAAGAUAAUAAAGAGUUAUUAAUGGAAAAUCAGCCUGUUAACACUGUGACUUCAGUAAGCAAUAGUAUUGCAAUUGCAACUCCUGAUGUGCCAGCAAGUAAGAAAAAAGAUAAAAAGGAGCAGUUAUCCAAAACACAGAAACGAAAACUAGCCGAUAAAACAGAUAACAAAGGGGAGCUUCCACGAGGAUGGAACUGGGUGGAUGUAAUUAAGCAUUUAAGCAAAACUGGUUCUAAAGAUGAUGAAUAAAGGACUUUGGUACAAGGAAACUCCACCCUUUAAUACAGUGCAAUUUUGGGUCACCAUCUUUCUCAUAAUAACUUUUGUAUUUGUUGAAGUAAACAUUUUAUAAAGCUCAAUUUCCUAACUGGCAAACCUAGUCACACAAGUUUAUCUAGAGACUUUGUGGUCUUCUUUGGAAAACAAACAAACAAACUUGCCUUAAAUGAAGGUUAGAAUGUGACAAAAGAUAUAGAGAGCCAAUGUGGUGAAGUGAAUAGUGCUAUAUGCAGUGUUUAUUAAUUUAUAUUUUACUCUGUAAUAAAAUCCUGUUAUAGUGAACCCCAUGAUACUGUAAACACUUCUUGAUGUUCUUAUUCUAACUGAAGAAAAAAGCACUAUAACAGUGAUUGGUCACUUGACAGCAUAAUUCAUCGAAAUAAAUUAUUUCGUGGAAACAAGACCUCUGUCAUUUGUUUAUCCAAUAUGAACAUGGAAGGAGAACAUAGAAAUUAUUACAUUGCAAUACAGACUGGUCCCGUUUUCACUAGUUACUGGCUGAAAUAGUCAGUACUAACAAAAGCAAAACUAAAUGAUUUAGUUUGAUCAAAAAUGAGUGGUUAUAGCAGGAGUAUGUCUUCUUUAUUCUCUGCAGUAGUUAGUCUUUCUCCAGCGUGUAUCUUUACAGAAAUGUCUGUGUUUGAGGGGAAGAAAAAGUGUUUUCUUGCAUGUGUUUGAAUGAGUGUUGAGAUUUUGUAGCUCCUUCAUUGGAGAAAUGGGCAUUUUUGGGAAGGGGUUUGCUGACUGAGUGGUUGGUCAGUGAGAAGUCUCCGUUCUGCCAAAUGUGUUGGGAGAACUUUUUUUUUCCUUAUCUACUCUCUUGUAUCAGAAAGAGAAGUCAUCUUUACGAAAUGAACAGUUACUGAAUUAAAAAUGCCUUAAUGUCCUUCAUUAUUUUUGCUCGGUUUAAGAUGAUCUUU